UUCCGUACCUACAAGUAGCUGUUUGGUUCGUUCGCUGCCUUUAGUCGUGUGUUAAACGUUUAGCAGAUCAAGAUGAGUUUGAGGAAACAGACCCCCAGUGACUUCCUGAAGCAGAUCAUCGGCAGACCUGUGGUGGUCAAACUGAACUCUGGCGUCGAUUACAGAGGUGUGUUGGCCUGCCUGGAUGGUUACAUGAACAUUGCUAUCGAGCAGACAGAGGAGUAUGUCAACGGGCAGCUUAAGAACAAGUAUGGGGAUGCCUUUCUGAGAGGAAACAAUGUUCUGUACAUCAGCACCCAGAAGAGGAAGGUGUAACAGGAUGAAGAUUUAUUCUACCUGCAGCCAUGUUCAGAGAACUGUCUUUAUUUUUUUCUGUGGUUCUUUAAAAUGUUUUUUUUAAAUGACGUAAAUAAGUUGUGAAUUUUAUGUUUUCAUUGUUAUGAUAAAAGGAAUAAAGUUCUGUUGAAUGAA